GACGGUUGGAGAGCACGCGCUAGGCAGCGCGAGCCUGGCAGGGGCGCCCGGCGUUGCUAUGUCGGACUGGGAAGCGGACAGCGACGAGGAGUUCCGCGCCGGGAGCCGGCCGCCAGCGCCUCCGCUGCUCGAGUGGCAGCCGGCCAUGGCCCCCGCCCCGGGCCGGAGGAGCCCAGCGCCGCCGGCGGGCGGCAGAGGGCGAAGCGGAGCCGCCGGGCCCUGGGCUGAGGACCAGGGGAAGAGGUCGGCCCGGCGAGGCGGCGGCGGCGGCUCCCAGGGCGGCUGGAGGAGGCUGGAGGGUUCGCGGCCGUUCCCCGCACCCCGGGAUCCCUGGCUGUCGGGCCCCCUGGAAUAUCGGCCCCGCGGCCCCCCCCGGGAUCGGGGCUUGGGGGUGCCGCUCUGCUUCCACCUGGACAACGCCAUGAUCGGGCCCAUCAUCGGUCGGGCUGGAACUAAAAUAAGAGAACUUGAGGAUUCUUCAGGUUCUAAAAUACAGGUUAUAAGAGGAACAUAUGAAGCUGAAGUAAAGAUUUUUGGCAGUAAUGAUACACAGAACAAAGCCAAGAUGUUGAUAGAUGAUCUUGUUAAGAGGUAUGGCCAAAAUUACCCCGGAGACAGGACUGAGAAAGGUUCCCUCCAACACAAGGAUUUUGGCACUAGUUAUUCCACUGAAAGUCAUCGUGAUCUUGUCAAGUCUGGAAAUGUCCCACAGAAAUCAGUGAUUAACUGGGCAUCUCUUCGAGAAAAUAAAGCUAAAUAUGAAGCUAUGAAGUGGGCAGAUUUGCCUCCAAUUGAGAGAAACUUUUACAAAGAAUCACAAAAGAUUGCUUCCAUGCCACAAGAAGAAGUGGCGAAGUGGCGAAAAGAAAAUAAUAAUAUCAUUUGUGAUGACUUGAAAGAAGGUGAGAAGCGCCAUGUUCCCAAUCCUGUUUGGAAAUUUGAAGAUGCAUUUCAAUAUUAUCCUGAUGUUAUGGCAAAUAUCAGAAAAGUCGGCUUUGAGAAUCCUACGCCAAUUCAGUCACAGGCUUGGCCAAUCAUACUUCAAGGAAUUGAUCUCAUUGGUAUAGCACAGACUGGUACUGGGAAGACAUUAGCUUAUUUAAUGCCUGGAUUCAUUCAUUUGGAUUCACAACCAAUCCCAAGAGAUCAGCGAGGUGGACCAGGUAUGUUGGUCCUCGCUCCCACUCGAGAACUAGCUCUUCAGGUGGAGGCAGAGUGCUCAAAGUAUACAUACAAAGGAAUUAAAAGUAUUUGCAUAUAUGGUGGUGGGGACCGAAAAGGACAGAUAAACAUGGUUACCAAAGGUGUGGAUAUUGUUAUUGCUACUCCUGGUAGACUGAAUGACCUUCAAAUGAACAACUUCAUAAAUCUGAAGAGCAUAACAUACUUGGUUUUAGAUGAGGCUGAUAGGAUGUUGGAUAUGGGAUUUGAACCUCAAAUAAUGAAGAUCUUACUAGAUGUACGCCCUGACAGACAAACAGUCAUGACUAGCGUUCCAAGUGAUCCAGAUCGCUCUUUAUCAGUGACCUGCCUUAUUCAUUAUUUACCACUCCCCCGUUUGUGUCAUCUUGCUACUUGGCCAGAUGGUGUUCGCCGCCUUGCAAAAUCGUAUUUGAAAGAUCCUAUGAUCGUAUAUGUCGGCACUCUUGAUUUAGCGGCAGUAAAUACAGUAGAGCAGAAAGUUGUUAUUAUCCCAGAAGAAGAAAAGAGAGCUUUUACACGCUACUUCAUUGAUACUCUGAAGCCUAAGGAUAAAGUCAUCAUAUUUGUGGGAAAGAAACUUACAGCUGAUGACUUAUCAAGUGAUUUUAGUCUCCAAGGAAUUCCAGUUCAAUCUCUUCAUGGCAACAGAGAACAGUGUGAUCGAGAACAAGCUUUGGAUGACUUUAAGAAAGGAAGAGUGAGAAUACUUAUAGCUACAGAUUUAGCAUCCCGUGGGCUUGAUGUACAGGAUAUUACUCAUGUUUUCAAUUUUGAUUUCCCUCGGAACAUUGAAGAGUACGUUCAUAGAGUAGGUCGUACUGGACGAGCAGGACGCACAGGGGAGGCUGUAACACUUGUCACUAGGAAUGACUGGAGGAUUGCGUCUGAGCUGAUCAGCAUUCUUGAAAGAGCAAAUCAAACUGCUGGCCCUACUGGAAUGCUGGGUUCACAACAACUGGGACAACCUGCAUCUGCAUCCACUCCCGAAUUAGGACCAUUUCUCCUGUACCAUGUUAAGGCAGUUCCUGAAGAGCUUAUUUCAAUGGCAGAAAGAUUCAAGCAAUUUCAGAUGACAAAAGAAAUCAAAAAGGAUUUAGGAAGACCUCGUGGAAAGUCCCAGAAAGGUUUUUAAUUGCCUGGGAGAUAUUUAAACAAAGGAAUCCGAGUGGUGCAUACACCCAACACCUGUCAACAUUGUUUCAAAAUAACUUACAUGCCUGAUGGUGCCACCAUUUAUGUCAGUGGAGUGCCAGGAAGAUGUUACAUCUCUGGUUUGGGACAGAUAAGGAUAAAGAUUCAUUGUUGGAAAAUGAAGCAUAUUCUUUCAGUAAUAGCUGAAUAAAUCUCUGAACAAAUAUUUCACCAAGUCUGUCACACUGAGUGGAUGGAAACCCAACCAAAUGAUAAAACAGUACACAAAUUUUGCGAGGCUCCAAUCUUUUUUUCUAAUAAGAUUAUAUGUUUUCUAUUUUGAUUCUUCUGGGCCUCUUAUUUUCUUUUACAUUAAGCUUAUAUACGUAUAUACAAAACUCCUGUUGACUUC